GUCUUGUCUAUAUGUGUAACCAAGGGGAUAAGAUCAUAAACACCAAUUGGAGACAGAGAAAGACGGGCGACAAUGGCAUCCACAGCUUCGGCUCUAUCAUGGAGUUCUUCUUCGUGGUUACAUAGCUUCGGAGGAAACUUGAAUGAAGCCACUAAACUACCGGACAGAAGAACAGCCCUGGUGGUUUUGGCUCAGAAGAAAGCCAUCAAGACCCGCAAGAUAAUAUUGAAGGAAGACGUGACAGACCUGGGAAAGAAGGGGCAGCUGCUUGACGUGAAGGCUGGGUAUUACAGAAAUUAUCUUCUACCCAUGGGCAAGGCUCAGAUUGUCACUUCCAGUCUGAUCAAGGAAAUGCGAAUGGAAGAGGAGAGAAUUGAGGCUGAGAAAAAGCGGGUAAAAGAUGAGGCACAACAGCUUGCUCUGAUCUUUGAAACAGUUGGAGCUUUUAAGGUAAAGCGCAAAGGCGGGAAGGGGAAACAAAUAUUUGGAAGUGUUACUGCUCAGGAUCUAGUUGACAUAAUUAAGGCUCAACUUCGGAGGGAUGUGGACAAGCGAAUUGUUUCUCUUCCUGAAAUCCGGGAAACGGGAGAAUAUAUUGCUGAGCUGAGGCUUCACCCAGAAGUUACCGCUCGAGUGAGGUUAAAUGUAUUUGCCAACUAAGAAGUACCCAUUUAUGCCUCAGCCUUGGAUAGAACAGUUGUGAUAGCAGCUUGCACAUUGGAGGUAAAUGGAUAGAGUGGAAAAUUUAACAGGGGAUCAUAUACAAGUCUUGAUAAUGACUAAUCUUAAAUUCUCAGCGAAAUGACUUGGCUUGGUAAUUUCUAGACUUUCAUGUUGUUUUCUUAUAUGGGUUUGAAAAACACUUAUUACGAUAAUGUUUAGUCCUCCAUAUUUAUUAUUAUUUUUUAUUU